AUGGACAGUUACUGGCUCCUACAGACCGGAUGAAGCAGACUAGAGACACAAGUAGAGAAAGCCUCUGGCUGGCAAAUUCUCAGAGUGUGGCCCUCUGGCCACUGGCCCUGCCCGGCCUACCUCAUGGAGAGGAUGAACUGGCUGAGCAGACUGGCCUCCCGGGGCCCUGGGCAUCGUGUACCACAAGGGGCCAGUCUGCAGACUCCUGUCAUGGCUGACCCUGAGACCUGCCUCAUGGUCUUCAAGAAUCACUGGUCCCAGGUGGUGCGAAUUCUGGAGCGGCAAGGCCCUAGGGCAGCUCCUGGGGGAGCCGACGAUCUCAGUGCUGUGUGCAACCACACUUACCAGAUGCUGACACUGCUGGCGGAGGAUCGUGCGGUGCCCUCGGCUCCCACAGCUCCUGGGCCCCUGCUGGAGUAUGCUCUGCGCGAGGAUCUGCUAACCCGUGUGUUGACGUGGCAGCUUCAGUGGGAUGAGCUUGGGGAUGGGAUUGAGGAACGGCGGGCUGAGCAACUGAAACUAUUUGAGAUGCUAGUGAGCGAAGCUCGCCAGCCACUGUUGCGGCAUAGUCCAGUUCGUGAGGCUCUGCUGAUCUUGCUGGAUGCUUGCGGCCGCCCUGUGCCCAGUAGCCCAGCACUGGAUGAAGGCCUGGUGCUACUUCUCAGCCAGCUGUGUGUGUGUCUGGCCCGGGAGCCUUCAUUGCUCGAGUUCUUCCUGCAGCCACCUCCUGAGCCCGGAGCUGCUCCCCGUCUUCUCCUCUUUUCUCGCCUUGUACCUUUUGUCCAUCGAGAGGGCACCCUGGGCCAGCAGGCCCGUGAUGCCCUACUCCUGCUCAUGGCUCUGUCAGCUGGAAGUCCCACUGUGGGCCGCUACAUCGCGGAUCACUCUUACUUCUGCCCGGUGCUGGCCACAGGGCUGAGUGCCCUGUACUCUUCACUGCCCCGAAAGAUUGAAGUUCCAGGAGAUGAUUGGCACUGCCUGCGACGGGAGGACUGGCUGGGGGUGCCAUCCCUUGCUCUCUUCAUGAGUUCCCUAGAGUUCUGCAAUGCAGUCAUUCAGGUGGCUCACCCUCUAGUGCAAAAGCAGCUGGUAGAUUAUAUCCAUAAUGGGUUCCUGGUGCCUGUCAUGGGCCCUGCCCUGCACAAGACCUCUGUGGAGGAGAUGAUUGCCAGUACCGCUUAUCUGGAACUUUUCCUACGGAGUAUUUCAGAGCCUGCCUUGCUCCGUACCUUCCUGCGAUUCCUGCUAUUACACCGGCAUGACACCCACACCAUCCUUGACACCCUUGUUGCCCGUAUUGGCAGCAACUCCCGGCUCUGCAUGGUCUCUCUGAGUCUCUUCAGGACCCUACUGAACCUCAGCUGUGAGGAUGUCCUGCUGCAGCUGGUUCUCAGGUAUCUUGUCCCAUGUAACCAUGUGAUGCUGAGCCAGAAGCCAGCUGUGCGUGAUGUGGACCUAUAUGGACGAGCAGCAGACAAGUUUCUCUCCUUAAUCCCACGCUGUUGUCGGCACUGUGCCUCCAGCCCACCUCGUCCAGAGCAUGCCUCGUGGGCACGAGGGCCUGGAAGCCCAAGUGUUGACUCCUCUUCUGUGGUGACGGUACCCCGGGCCUCCACGCCAUCUCGUCUGGCCCUCUUCCUGCGACAGCAGAGCCUGGGUGGCUCCGAGUCCCCAGCCCCAGCCCCUCGCUCACCAGGGCUUGCUGCAUCCCCAGCCUCCAGCCCUGGCCGACGGCCCAGCCCUGUGGAGGAGCCCGGUGAGCUGGAAGACAAUUACCUGGAGUAUCUGCGUGAGGCGCGCCUUGGUGUGGACCGCUGUGUCCAAGCCUGCCGUACCUGGUCUGCCCCCUAUGAUGGCGAGCGGCCCCCUCCUGAGCCCAGUCCUGUUGGCUCCCGGACUAAGAAACGCAGCCUACUGCCUGAGGAGGACAGGGACAAUGCAGGGGAAGGGGAGGAGGAAGAGCUGGGGAGGGGGGGGCUGGCUCUGGGUGCAAGGGAGGGCCCUGGCCACCUGCUCCCUCCCCAGCUCAAUGGGGUGCCAGGACCAUGGCCUGAGGGGGCCAAGAAGGUUCGUCGGGUGCCACAGGAGGGAGCUGGGGCACUACUAGAGGGCCCCUCCGAGGGCGUGGCAGGACUAGAGAGCUUUGGGCAGGAGCUCCGGGAGCUGGAGGUGGCGUUGAGCAAUGGGGGCGCUGGCUCAGAGCCCCCUCUAGAGCCUUCACUACCUCUUGAGGAGGAGGAGGCCUACGAAAGCUUCACCUGUCCCCCUGAGCCCCCUGGCCCCUUCCUCAGCAGCCCUUUGCGGACUCUCAACCAGCUGCCAAGCCAGCCCUUCACUGGCCCCUUCAUGGCUGUGCUCUUUGCCAAACUCGAGAACAUGCUGCAGAAUUCCGUCUAUGUCAACUUCCUGCUGACGGGGCUGGUGGCCCAGCUGGCCUGUCACCCCCAGCCCCUGCUCCGCUCUUUCCUGCUCAACACCAACAUGGUCUUCCAGCCCAGUGUCAAGUCCCUGCUGCAGGUGCUGGGCUCUGUGAAGAAUAAGAUUGAGAGCUUUGCAGCCUCCCAGGAGGACUUCCCAGCACUGCUAUCCAAAGCCAAGAAGUACCUCAUUGCCCGUGGCAAGUUGGACUGGACUGAGGGUCCUGCGGCAGGAUCUGCUUCCCGCCGAUCUGAUUCCCUAGUGAAGAGCCGGAGGCCGUCCCUGGGGGAGUUGCUCCUGCGGCAUGCACACAGUCCAACCAGGGCUCGGCAGGCGGCACAGAUGGUUCUUCAGCCUGGGAGAGACGGCACAGGACUUGGCCUAGGUGGGGGCUCCCCUGGGGCAUCAACACCGGUCCUACCCCCCCGGGGUGGGGCCCCUGACCGCCAAGGGCUGGGGCCCCAAGAGAGUUGUACAUGGAUGGGGAAGUGGUCAGGGUGUUUUGUCUCUGGCGAGGACACGAUGCCAAGGUUUCGAGGGUUCCCUUCGGCACUGCACCUCUGGUUAAUUCUCUACUUUCACUUUCCUUCCUUGAAAUUUUCCAUCAGUGUAAACACCAAGGUCCAGGAACUAAAAAACCUUUUUCAACAGGCUUUUGAAAAUAGUCAAGAAAAGACUUCUCAGCUGAAGAUUCAUUGGAUGGCAUCACCCAGCAACUACUCCACUGCUCCAGUCUCUGAAUUCCUCCUCAUCUGCUUCCCUAACUAUCAGAGUUGGCAGCACUGGCUGUCCCUACCCCUCAGCCUCCUCUUCUUUCUGGCCAUGGGGGCCAGUGCCACCCUCCUGAUCACCAUCCAGCUGCAGGUCUCUCUGCAUGAGCCCAUGUACUACCUGCUCAGCCUCCUCUCCCUCCUGGAUAUGGUGCUCUGCCUCACUGCCAUCCCCAAGGUCCUGGCCAUCUUCUGGUUUGACCUCAGGUCCAUCAGCUUCUCUGCCUGUUUCCUCCAGAUGUUCAUCAUGAAUAGUUUCCUUGCCAUGGAGUCCUGCACAUUCAUGGUCAUAGCCUAUGACUGCUACAUGGCCAUCUGCCAUCCACUGAGGUACCCAUCCAUCAUCACUAACCACGUUGUGGCCAAGGCAAGUGUCUUCGUUGUCAUACGAAAUGCCCUUCUCACUGCACCCAUUCCCAUUCUCUCUGCCCAGCUCCUCUACUGUGGGAAAAAUGUCAUUGAGAACUGCAUCUAUGCCAACCUGUGCCAGCUCUCCUGUGACAAUUUCACCCUGAACAGAAUCUACCAAUCUGUAACUGGUUGGACCUUACUAGGCUCAGAUUUCAUCCUCAUCUUCAUCUCCUACAUCUUCAUCCUAAGAGCUGGGCUCAAGUUCAAGGCUGAGGGGGCUGCAGUCAAGGCUCUGGGCAUGUGUGGCUCCCACAUCAUCCUCAUCCUCUUGUCCAGCACCAUCCAGCUGGUUGUGGUGUUGACAAAUGUGGCCAGAAAGAGCAUCCCCAUGGACAUCCUGAGCCUGCUCAAUGUUCUUCGCCACUUCAUAUCCCUUGCCUUGGACCCUAUUGUACAUGGGGUUCAAACCAAAGAGAUAAAACAAGAAAUUCAGAAAUUGCUGCAGAGAGGGAUGCGAAUACAUAAAAUAGAUUUCUAAUUCUCUCUCCCCUUCCUUCUCAGUGAUUUUGCCCAGACAUGAGCUAGAGAAAAG